GGAAGAGCAUUAGACGAGUGCAGCGCUUGUGUAUUUCCAUGACGAUUAAUGUGACGCAGUUAUAUUUUUAAUAUUAACUGGUUUUCAUACCAAUAUUUUAAACAACAAUGUAAUUAUCUGCUAACACCGGAGAUACAAAACACAAACGAAAUAUAUUACUUUUUCUUUUAACCUGAAAAGUUUACGGUUACGUCAUAUCCGGAAGCAACGGCCAUGAUUGUCCCGGCCAAUCAGAGAAGACAGGUUGUUUAAAUGCCCUGAGUAGAAACAUACCUGGGGUUUUCCCUGUAUCUGGUUGUGGGUAACUAUAGAGAGGUGAUACUGGGACCCCUGAGAUCGAGGGCAGGAUGGGCACAGAAGAAAAAGGGUGGGUCACUGUAGCCAAUAAUCUCCUUAAUAAAUGCAACAUGGCCUUGCAAGUUGGAAAGUUGACAGAUUGUGAUGCUCGCUUUUUUGCCUCUCUGUAUGAAGCUAUUUUAGGGGAAAAAGUGCCAGAUUGUAUUGACGUGCCGCAAAGUCAGGAAGACGAUGCACACAAUGUCCAGUCUAUUAUAGACUCCCUCGCUUUGGAUUAUUUACAAGUCAGUCUGUCUCAUAUAACUGGGGAAAACGUUGUACGUGGUGAUACAGAAUCAAUAAGAAAUCUAUUGGAAAUAUUUGAUGGCUUGCUGGAAUAUCUGACUGAACAAAUCAGUGAAGCAUCCUCUCAAAAUGGAGAUUAUCUGGACGGUCGAAAAGAUUAUAAUUUAAGGCUGCGGAAUGAGAGUACCAUGAAGACUGAUUUGCACACUGUGCCGGUCCCUCAGUCAGCAGGAUCGUCCGUCCCGUCUUCUGAUCUCUUUGUCCCAUCAUGGGAAGUAGAUGGGUCAGAAUGUACAGAGGAGUUAAUCCGAUUAGGGGAAACGGCACACACAUUUACAAUAAGAGGCACUGAUCCCAAACAAGUGAAGCUUAUUUCGAAAGAGGUCAAGGAGACUUCCUCAAGGACAAAAACAUUAGACAAUGGACGUAUUGCCUCUGAGAUGUCUCCAUUUAUCUUUGGGCAGGAUGAAGCCUCCAGUGAAAGACAAAGCAGAGUGAAUGGCUUCACUUUGGAGCAGCAUACAGCGGGCAUACUGAGACACUUACAACAUGGCCUUCCUUUGGCUAUCCCUCUUCAUCCCCCCUACCAGCCUAAAGAAAUCAGGCCUUUGACAGUAGAUGGGGAGAUCAGCAGUACUGCAGCCCAGGACAAGCCUUCUCCUGUUAGUCCACCUGACGUGAGGAAGAGCAUAAACCCUGCAUCUUCCAGUGCUAAAGAUUGCAGACUUCAAAGAAAUGAAGAACACAGAAUAUUGAAAUCCCCAGAGAGGAAAGAAGUCAAUGGCAGCUCUUGUCCAGCUGAGACCUCAUCUUGCUACAAAAAAGUCGCCUUUCGCACACAGCCCGAUGUUCGGUUAAUGACCCUCAGAAGUACACAGAGCGAGCAAGAUGACUGGUCAUUAGCUUCUGAUGAAGAGGAAAGAGAAGUACCCAGUUCAGCCUCUCUUCACCUAACAGAUGACCACCUCACUGUACUGUCGGAAGGUUCCUUACUAGAUUCCAAGAGAUCUGACACAAUCCCGGUAUCCAUAUUAAAUGAACCUCUGUCACUUCAUCGUGCACGAAACAAACUCUCUGAGCUAGAGUUACAGGAGAUGUCUGAGAAGCUCUCGCGACGGCUGGAUGAGCUGGAUCUUAUGCUAAAAAAAGCCCUUGGGGAUCAGGCCAGAACAAGUGAACCCAGAGAGGAGGAUAAGCUAUCACAGCAUAGUGACAGCAUCAUGGCGUUGCAUAGGAAGAAACAGCUCCAAGCUGCACAACAUCCGAAAAAACAACCUGCCCGGCCGCGGUCUUUGUCUUCCUCUCCACCCCCACGUGCUCCUCCCCGACAAUCCCUCCAUGCUCAGUUUGAGGAUGCUCUUCACAAGGAAGCCAAAGGUAGCACUGGAAAAAUCAGGCGAGAAGUACAGAGAGAGAUGGAUUUGCAGAGAGCAAAGUCACAAGUUUUGUCUAAGGCUUAUGAAGAUGAGUUGAAAGACUUUGAAGAAAAAGAGAAGCUCAAGUUGUCAAAAAUGAAAGCACAGUUGAAGAAGACUGAACAAGAAUGCAAAGAAAAUAUAUUUAAAGAACCUCUGAAAAAGUCUCACCCGGCGAAGGUUUAUGGUGAGAAAAAAAUUGUGCAGACUCCAAAAUCCAGCCAUGGAAUGCCAAGCUUCAAUAAGCCUAGGAAAGCUUCUACACAGCUUGUAACUAAUAUGCUCGAUGUGGUUGCUCAGAUGGAACAGCUCAGCAAGUCUGCUCAGGAGGAUGACCGUAGUGAACGCAAACUACAGAAUGAGGUUAAUGAAGCUCACAAGAAGCAUGAUCUGCUAGCAGAUCUCAUCAGGCGGGAGCAAGGACAUAACCAGCGCUCUGAUUUUAAGGAACGUAUCCUCCUACAAAAGUCUGCCCAGAAUAAAAUGAGGGAGAACAGACAACAGGUGACCCGUGCCAAAAAAUACUAUGAAGAUUACCAUGUGCAGCUCCGUGCCAAGAUGAUGCGAGCCAGAACACGUGAGGAGAGGAUUUUUAAGAAGCUGUUUGAGGAGGGGCUGAAGCUCCAGAAAGAGAGGCUGCGGGAAAUGCGCUCGUAUACGAAAGAGCAACGCGAGGAGCAGAAGAGGCACAAAGAUGAGCUGGAGUCCAUGGAAAACUAUUAUAAGGAUCAGUUUUCGAUGUUGGCAGAAGCAGUCAAUCAGGAACGACAUGAUAUCCAGUCAAGAGAGAAGGCCCAAGCAAAAACUCUGCACAUAAUGAAGAAAGACCUAAGAGCAAAAAUGGAAAAGGAAAUCCAGGAGCUUCAAGAUCUGAUCAUCAAGGCAGAUGAGGACGCUUUCUUCCGAGAACUGGAGGCAGAGCGACUGAAAAAGAGACUUCAGAUGGCAUCUUUCCAAUAUAGCAAGAGCCAUUGCCUGUAAUGACUCUAUAGUGCCACAGAAGGGAGCCAGAGAGUAAACAUCUGGUUAUUCUGUGGUCCUAUGCCCACUUUUGCAGUGUAGUUUAUAAUGGAAUCAUUUUGAAUCACUUUAAAAGCUCCUUUUUGUCACAGUGACCUGUUACAGAUAUUUCUGGCAGUUCCGGAGUUUAUUGCUGCAGUGUCAUUGGAUUAAUUACACCCAGAAAACAAAUGGUUCUACAUUAUAAACAAACAACAACUGGUAUGACUGAAUCAGUCCUGUUUCAAUAUGCCAAGUUAUAUAUGAAUUGUAUUAUUCAUUUUUUAUGUAUUUAGGUGACUAAAAAGUGCCUAAUAGAAACACCCUGGUCAAAAAUGUAGAGCUGAUCUAUAAAAUACCUUCUGUUGCAGCUGAUUGUACAAAAGCAAAUUUUUACAGUAAUUUACAAUAUUUAUUUAUUUUAGGAUAUUAACUUAUUUGUAAUCUUUAAAAAAAAUUUAAUUUGCCUUUUAGAAAGGAAAUACUGAUCUAUUGCCUUGUUUUUUUUUCUCUUCCUUUAAUAUUUGUUGUCAUCUUACUAAAAAUGCCUUAAUUAUUAUAUUUUUACUGUGCCAUAAGUCCACCAGCACUGAAAUGUCUGAUGUAACAGAUGCAGCAAGGUGCUAGACAAAGGUUUAAAUAGCACCACUAAAUAAAGAUGGACACAAAAUAGCUUAGGAGCCAAGACAUUGUCUAGAUCAGUACGUUUGUUUUUAGUAUUCCUAUGGUCAUUUUGUUCUCAUAAAUUCUCCUCUGCAGAGAAAAGUCUAAAACCUGGUCCUAUAGCAAUGUGUUUUCAUCGUUCAGAUCAUUUGAAAGGGCAGAUUUUCACAGGUUUCAAAAUAUCUGGAAAGGGUUGCAGAUGUUGUACUAUACCCAUUGAUAAUGUGCUACCAUAUGUCAAAAGAUCAAAUACUAACCAUCCUAUUAUGGUCAGACAGUGAAAAAAUAAAACCUUUCAAGCCUCCCCAGUUUCAAUACCUUUUUUUGGGGAUGGUGUUAGGUUUGGUCAAAACGGCGUCAAAGUUGAAAGACAACAUUUCAUAAAAUUGAUUUUAAAGGACAGUCUAUGUGAAAUGUUUUUUUUUAAAGAUAGAGUAUCCCUUUAUUACCCAUUUCCCAGUUUUGCGUAACCAACACUGUUAUAUUAAUACAGUUUUUACCUUGUAUCUAAGCCUCUGCUGACUGCACCCUUAUCUCAGUUCUUUUAACAUACUUGUAUUUUAGACAAUUAGUGCUGUCUCCACUGGAGUGAGCACAAUGUUAUCUAUUUUACAGACAGGAACUAGCGCUGUGAAACACUGAUAAAAUGCACUGAGAUAAGGUGUCCUUCAAGGGCUUAGAAAUUAGUAUAUGAGCUUACCUAGGUGUUUAGCUUUCAAAAAAGAAUACCAAGAGAACAAAGCGCAUUUUGAUGAUAAAAGUAGAGUGGAAAGUUUUUUUUAAAUUGCAUGUCCCAUCUGAAUCAUGAACGUUUUAUUUUGACUGUCCCUUUAAGUCAUAUAACUUGCUUUUAUGCUAAAAACACAAUUGGGAAAAGUUUAAUGGAAGAAGAUUAUGAUUUCACUGAUGGCAAACUUUUUAGAGAGUGCCCAAAUUAGUGCUAAUCUUCCACAAAAAAAAGUAAUUUUAGCCAACAUCCCUUUAAUUUUAAUCAUAUAAUAUAGUAUAGAUUCAUAAGAAACAUUUAUUCACCCUUAAUCAUCUUAAUCACCCAAAACAACAGGCUAAUUUAUACUGAUUUACUGUCUGACUCAGUCUAAUUAAGAUUCUGGCCAGUCUGUUUCAUGAUUAAUAAAGAAGUGGCUGCUUUUUUAUAGACCAUAAAAUGAAAUAAACUUCUGAUUUGCUGCUACUACUAACAUUUUAGUGAACAAAAUUGCUGCUUAUGACAAAGUAAUGGAAGAAUGCACAAAUGCUGUAACAAUUCAUACAAAUGGGGGGUAGAAAAAGAAUUACUUGGUACUGUCUGUCCUAUUUGUAAAUAAAUAUUUUAUUCUGUUUGUAAAUAAUUUGUUCUGCCUUAACCCAUUACGCAGCAAAGCAGCAUGCAGCAACUUGCAGUCAGUGACACUAAGAGGUAGCUUUUUUUAAUUACAUUUUCUACCUAAUUGUUGCACACAUUGUACUUUGCUGAAUUGCUUUUUGAUAUGAGAAGCAAACAAGGUUAAUGUGAAUAAUAAAAUACAUUAUACUAA